ACAUUGUCAAUGAACACGUAAAAACCACAUUGAUAUUGACAAAUAAACAAAGUGCCCUUAUUUAGUUUAAAAAAUGGAUGUAACAACAUUAUUUAAAGCGUGUGUGAAAACUAUACGAACAAGAAACAGAUCGCACAACUUAACAACUGGAGACGACAGUGAUAAAAAUAGAAUUCUUAAAAAAUCUGUGCGUAAAGAUGAAUUUAUUACAAAGUCGAAAUCACUGGUCACGCAGAUAACUCGAUUGCGUGACUUUCUAAUAGAAAAUAAAAAAGCCUAUUUGCAAUUAACAAGCCUUAAAGAUAGUGCUAAUAAAAUGUCAGAUGCUGAACGUGAUCAAAUUGAAGUUGAAUCACAAAAGAUCAUAAAUAUUUGUUCAAACGUAAUCAAUGAUUUACGAAAGGAGACUGUUAAAAUUAAAUGUUCUCUGCAAUAUUUAGAACAUCGGAAUGCAGUUAUUAGUCUAAUAGAUAAUUAUUUAAAAUCAGUAAAUAAAACUUUCUCAGACAUAAGAGCAUUACGUGUUAAAAAAGCUAUGGAAACUUUUAAAAUGUCCAAAUUAGAACAUAGAUUUAAAGAAUUAGAUCCAUAUAAAAUUCAGAAUACAUUACCUGCUAAAAAAUCUGCAAAUGAAUUAGAUAUUUCGAAAACUAAAAAAAAUGAAAAAAAUAGAUUAGAUAAUUUAGACAUAAAUUUAGAAACACCUGGACCCAGUGAAGAGAAUCAACUAUCUGCGGAAGAAAUUCAAAUGUUUGAAUCUGAAAAUGAACAGCUUUUUAAUGAUUUAAAUAAUUUAGAUGAAGAGGUGAAGCAAAUUGAAAAUAAAGUUGUACAUAUAUCAGAAUUACAGCAAAUAUUUACGGAAAAAGUUUUAGAACAAGAAAAAGAUAUUGAAAGAAUUUCAACAACAGUAAUAGGCGCUACAGAAAAUCUUCGUGAUGCAAAUGAUCAAAUUCGCCAAGCGAUUCAAAGAAAUGCUGGCCUUAGAGUAUGGGUUUUAUUCUUUUUAUUAGUUAUGUCAUUUUCGUUAUUAUUUUUAGAUUGGUAUAAUGAUUAA